CAGGGGGUUGUGGUGAAGAGGAGGGCGACGAUGAUCUGUAUGACAUGAGCCGGCUCCAGGAGGAGGGCGACCCCUUCUUUGCGCACGACGACACCGAGGACCCCUUUGCCGACCCCUUCUUCACCGGUGCUGGUGAUAGUGGUCAGGGGAAGACUGCCAAGGGAAAGCCAGGAGAGGUGAAGGGCAGGAAGGCAGGGAAGAGCGAAUACGAGAGGAAAGCGGAGGAGAGGGAGAGGAAGAGAGAGGAGAGGGAGCGGGAGAGGGCGGAGGAGGAGAGGAGGAGGGCGGAGUUGGAGUUGUUGCUCAUGGACGGGGGGACGGGCGCAGGGGCGGGCACGGGGGUGAAGGGGUUCAACCUGAAGGCGGAUGCGCGGCGGGCCAAGGAGAAAAGGCGCGCGGACAAGAGGGGCAAGAGGCAGGGGAGUGGGGAGGAGGAGCUUGAUGGGCAGGGAGAAGGACUACGGUUGGGUGGGAAGGAGGAGGGGGUGCGUGGAGUGGACGUGGAGGACCCGCGCUUCGCCGCGCUCUUCACGUCCUCGCAGUUUGCCAUUGACCCCACCGACCCUCGCUUCCAGAGGACGUCGGCGCAGCAGCAGCUGAUCGCAGAGAGGCAGCGCCGCAGAGCACCGGGAGGGGAAGCAGCAGUCACAGGCGAUGGGAGGGGGCGUAGAGUAAACGUGCAGGGGGGAAGGGGGAGAAUGGGGAUGGAGUGGAGGGGAGGGGUGGGGCGAGUGGGAAGGCAGAACUGAAUGUGGUGGUGAAGAGCCUCAAGCGCAAGAUGGGGCAUGGUACGGGCAAAAAGUUGGAUGGCAUGAAGAAGCAAAGGCAAUGAUAUUUUGGAAGGGUGGAGCAAUGAUGCCAACGGAAUACAUCAGAUGGCUUCAAACAAUGUGUAAAACCUAGGGACUCGAUAAGCACGACUCAGGUAACCAACCGUACUGUAUGUUCUUAGAGUACAACUCCAACCCUAUAUUUCCCUUGUUCACCCUUGUUUCUAAUCAUUCUAGUAUUC